AUGGCAAUUUCCGUGCGUGUGGCCGAUUUGUCCGAUGGGCCGGCGAUCGACAAGGUUCUGGGUGAGUGCUAUCCCGCGCUCUUCCGCGGGGCCUAUGAUGAAGAGGCCUUGGCGGCGUUCUUGCCACAUAUCAUCUACUCACAGCCGGAGCUGUUGGAGUCCGGGAAGUUCUUCGUCGCCGAAUCCGCCGAAUCUGGCGAAACGCGCAUCCUCGCGUGUGGUGGCUGGUCGUUGCAUCGCCCGGGUUCACGCGAGGUGAUCGCUGGCCUUGGUCACCUGCGCCAUUUCGCGGUCCACCCGGAUUGCAUCGGGAAAGGCAUUGGGAGAAGCAUCUUCGAAGCGUGCGCACAGCAGAGCAAGGAGUUUGGCGUCGUGGAAUUCGAGUGCUGCUCUUCACUGGUGGCCGAAGGCUUCUAUGCCAGACUCGGCUUGCAGACGAUUGAGACGAAGGAGCUCACCUUGAAAGAGGGAGUUCCUCCAAUCCCAUGUAAAAUCAUGAAGACACGAGAUACUUCACUUUAG